AUGUUAGAGCACAGAGUGACGCUGAUUUUGGCAGAGCUAUCUUGGCAUCUUUCCUACUGUGAUGUCCCACCAUCUGGAAGCAUUUGUAGCCAAGAUAAUCUUAGUAGGAAGCUUGGGAAUAGAAAGUGCAACCAUCAUUGCAAAAAUAAAGACAUAUGUGGACAUGAUUGCUGUAAAAAUGGAGUUUCAGAGAAGUCUAACACGAAAAAAGAUUCAAUGUUUUCUUCCUAUCUCACUGAUUUGAGAAACCGGAAUGCAGAGUCUGCUGUUCCCCCAGUCAAAAGACUAAAGAUGCAGAUGUUGAAUAAAUCUCAGAAGAUGGAUCUUAAACAAUUCUGUUAUGCUCCUAAAUCUUCUCUUCCAGGAUUGCCAGGGCUGGGGUGUGUGCAGCAUUCAGGAGUCACUCAGCCUAAAGAGACAAAUGAUACUGAUGUCUUUCAAAGUUGUCUACAGGAACCUGAAGUCUGCAGAGUGGGUGGUUUCUUUGUUAGCAAGCAGCCUGCAGCUCUGAAUGAAAAGAGCCAUCGGACAAUGAUUUCAAACAACCUCAAAGAAUCUUUAAUGAAUAACUUGACAGAUGCAGAUAAAAGCAAUGCUUUGUUUUCAGAACCUUUGAAUGUGAACUUUGAGUUAGGAAAUGAAGUUUGGGGUGAUUUUGAUGAUGGGAGUUUAAUAUAUGCAAGCACUUUGAUUGCUGAUACAGAGAAAACUAAACAUUCAGAAUCUUCUGACUUGGGAUCUCUAAACACAUGCCUCCAGAACUCAGGAGCUGUUCCUCUAGAUUUAGGAAAAACAAAAUGUGUUUUCCAAAAUAUAGAAAGCAAACCUGCUAGUACAAAUUUUAAAAGCUUUCCCAUAUUUAAGGAGAAGUCUGAUGUCUGUCUGCGGAACUCCAACUCCCCUUCAUUGACUCCACCAGCAAAUGGAGAAUAUGGACAUAAAAGUAUAAUUGGCUUUCAAGGAAAAAAUAGUCCCUCUCAAGAGCUGAAAAGUACACAGAUAGCUGCAUGCUCAGAAACCAUCUUGCAGUCUUCCCAAAUCACUGGAAAGGAAGACUUUUUUAUCUGUAACAAAAGAAUAAUGAAAGAGGGUGAUCUCAGGUAUCAGCUUUCUGAUGAUGAUAUUAAGCCUUUUCUUGGAAUAUUUGAUGGUAUUUUCUAAGACCAAUAAAUAAGGCACAUCACCAGUGGGGGGAAAAUGUCCUCAUUAUAGGAUGAUAUCUUCAGUUAUCAAGCCUGGAUUUUCUACUUUUUGUUUUAUAUCAAUUCAUCCAUAGUCACUUUUGCUACAUGGGUUAUGUGGGAAUAAUCCAAAUGCUACGUGGUUUACUUUGUAGUAUUAUUGAAUAUACAGCAUAUGUUUAAUAGUUAUUUAAAGUUAUUUUUCUGUAUGAGAUCGUUGCUUGUAAUGCUGGAGAAGAUAAGACUGUUUGGAAACCUUCUAUUACAGUAAAUUCUUUUCAGCGCAAACUGUUUUGUUUCAAAUUAUACAAUCUUUAUUCCAGGAAAUAAGAAUAUCUUAGCAGUAUGCAUCUCCUCAGUAACCACAUUUGGGAACAACACUUAAGUUAUCCCUGGAAAAAAUAUCUUCUUUGUGAGAUUUUCAUAUUUGUCGGUUAUUUGCAUUAAAUUGGUUUUAUGAUGCCUAUACAUUUUGGGAAACAAUGAGAUUUUAGAAUAAAAAGGAAUAAAGUUAGUUUGCAGUUUUUAAAGUGCUGUAAUCAAAAUCUGUAUUAUUCAACCCCAUCCAUAGUCGGCUCUGUUUUAUAAAUGGGAAGCACUCUUCCGAAUGCAGCAAAAGUCUUCAAACUCUUCUUCUAAACUCUCAUUCGAUGAAUGAAACAAAACAUUUGAAUCCAGUCUAAUACAUUUUUGUCUUGACUAGAUACAACU